GCCCUUUACUUCUCCUUUUACACAAAUAGGCCGGACAUCUGUUUUACCAGUCUUGUUGUAGCCACCUCAAAGAUAAUAACCAAAUCCUGCUUGAAGGACUGAGGCAAGGUGCCUGUGAAAGGGCAAGGAUAUUGCAGCAUGGGUAUGAGUAGCUUGAAAUUGCUGAAGUAUGUCCUAUUUUUCUUCAACUUGCUCUUUUGGUUCUGUGGCUGUUGCAUUUUGGGCUUUGGAAUCUACUUCCUGAUCCAUAACAACUUUGGAGUGCUCUUCCAUAAACUUCCCUUCCUCACACUGGGAAAUAUUCUUGUCGUCGUGGGCUCUAUUAUCAUGGUGGUUGCCUUCCUGGGCUGCAUGGGCUCUAUCAAGGAGAAUAAGUGUCUGCUUAUGUCGUUCUUUGUCCUGCUGCUGAUUAUCCUCCUUACUGAGGUGACCUUGGCCAUCCUGCUCUUUGUGUAUGAACAGAAGUUGAACACCUAUGUGGCUGAGGGCCUGACUGAGAGCAUCCAACGUUACUACUUAGACAACAGCACCAAGGCGGCGUGGGACUCUAUCCAGUCAUUUCUGCACUGUUGUGGUGUAAAUCAGACAAGUGACUGGAACGGAAACCCACCAGCAUCUUGCCCCCCUGAACAAGGAGUUAAGGGUUGCUAUAUGAAAACACAAGAUUGGUUUCAUUCCAAUUUCCUGUAUAUUGGAAUCAUUAUCAUCUGUAUAUGUAUGAUCCAGGUGCUGGGGAUGGCCUUUGCAUUGACCCUAAACUGUCAGAUUGAUAAAACCAGCCAGGCCAUAGGGCUGUGACCUGUAACUGCUUUGUAUUGGAGAGAUUUGUUUCUUCUCUGGAAAUCUAAAACCAUUCAUAGCAUGAAGCCUGAAAUGAUCACCUGAUGGACUGACAUCUUUUAUCCUCCUCUUAUCUCUUCCCUCUUUGGGUCCCUGUCCUAUAUAACCAGAGAAGAAGGUGUUAGCCAGGCACUUCCUUACUCAGAUAGCAAGACCUUCACUUAUCUAGUAAUGGCAGUAGUCAUGUCCCUCAAAGUGGUGAAACAUACCUGAAUUAUUUUUAGAUACAAGAGGUGAAGAAAACCUGUGGCACAAAUGGCUCAAAUUCAGGGGUGGGUGAAGUAUUUAAAUGUUUGCAUCCUUCGGUUGUUAAAUCAGUCUCCAACCUCUAGCUUAUGCUCAGCCUACUCUAUGAAGUAAUUCAAGAGAUAUAUUGAAGGUAGUUGUGGAGCCAGACUCACUGGAUCACAGUCACAAUACUCUUCUUUAACCAGGGGUGUUGGAUACAAGAAAUACAGAAUAUUCUUCCUUCAAAGGACAAGGUUUCAUUUCAAAAUGCUUUACUGAUUUAUUUUGUCUUUCAAAAAACUAUCCAGUGAUUUAAAUCUUGAUUUCAAGAUACAGCCACUCUUAGCCUUUGAAUUACAUAACUGCCAAAGAACUUAACAGCACAAGUUGUCUCUGGUGGUGAGGCUGAUAGUAGCAUUCAGAAGGGUUCUGAUGUUAUUUCUCUAUCAUAAAAGAUUUGUUAUUGUAUUAUAUUAACUCUUCAAGAAAUAAAAUAGCUUGUGAUGUCAA